UUUCAACACACCCUCGUGUUCUUCCGGCCUGGGUUGACGUCGACACUGCCGCUGAAGGAUGUGCGCCGUAGAGUCCACGCCCGUGCUCGGCGACAGCUCUGCCUUCAUAUCGCAUGCGACUGGCGGAGGAACGGACGCGCACUGUUCCACUCAACGAUAUGGACAGCUGUCGCCCGGCCCUGCGCACACGUCCCUCCGAUCUUCGCAACCGUGUGUUGAUGGUCACCCUGCGAGGCGGUGUCACAGAAGACCGGAACUCUGACCGGAGUAAGAAGAUGCCAGUACCGCCGCAGAAACCUGUUAUUCCCUCGCCAGGCGAGUCUGUAGAAAGACCGUUGCGGUUUCUGGUCGUCGGAACCGCCGCUUUUGCAGCUCAUUCACCCUACUUCUUCUUCUUCUCCUCCUGCGCCCGCCAGAUGAUCGCCUUGGACCUGCAGAUCGCUAUCCUGACUCUGCCCUUCAUCAGCAACAACUUCUCUGUCCGGAGAAAUAAUUAUUGCUGACUCAAUGCUUGCUGCGGACACCUGGUAAACUAUUGACAGGGCCUCUUUCUCUCCGUCUCAAGGAUUCAGUCGCGAGCUACUCUGUAUAUUGGGGUCUGGUUUUCUAUUCUUGACCCGAGUUCAGUGUCGUUGAAGAGCUCCAGAGGCUGCACCACCUCCGAAGCCCUCGAUUGCUAUCCAUUCGACUUUCUUCUUCUUCUUCUUUUUGUUGCUGGCCUGUCUAUGCUCUGUUCCUAUCCUUCUCUCAUCGCUAGCCAACAAUCAAGCUCUUCUUUACCUGCUCCCACAUACGCCGAGAGUCAAGAAACAUUCCGUAUCAUCACCGAUGCGCACAGCCUACACCGUAGCAGCUUCAUUACCGUGCCCUUCGGUCGCAUCAGACCGUCGAUUUCUUCGUUGCAAUCACCACGGGCUGCUGCUGGUGUCAUAGUGCAAGCUCAUUGUCGCCAUUAUGAUCUGUCUUCAUGCUGGCCCUCCUAAACGGCCUUUAGUCGCCACUUUGGCCGUUUUCACUUUUUUCGCUCUCCUCUACCUUUCGCACCUGACAUGGAGAUCUACCGGGCGCUCGCGAAUCAAAUAUUCUGCCCCCAAACAUAGCUCGUCGAUCCCCCCAGCUGCUAACACGCCAAUGCGUCCGCCAGAGCUUGUUAAACCGGAGAACCUCACCAUCAGCGGAAUGGUAUUCUUUGGGCGCCGCAGCAGGGUCAGGUCUUUACACUGCUAUCUUGAGCGAAAUCUGGUCGAUAAUGGUGGCUGGCUGGACGAGGUCCGAUUCUUUGCCAACACUAAGGACAAAGAUGAUUUGGCAUUCCUAGACCAGAUCUUGAAGCGCUCCCCGCGAUAUAAGAAAAUCUUCAUCGAGAAACCUGUCUGGUGGCCUGACCACACAAAACUGUGGAGGCAAGUCGAAAGAGGCACCAUGUAUAUCAAGCUUGACGACGACAUUAUGUGGCUGGCAGAUGAUGCGAUUCCCAAUAUGGUCACCACGAAAUUACAGAACCCUGACUUUUUGGCUGUUUCCGCAAACGUUAUCAACGGUCCUCCACUGAGCUUCCUACACUACCACCAUGACGCUCUUCAUCCAUAUUUUCCCGAACUGCUGCCGUCGAACAAGAAAGAUGACCAGCCUGAUCCACGUCAGACCCCCAAGAACGAUACCGAGAAGCGCUCCCUUCCCGGCUGGCGUCCAUCGGAGCAUCCAUUCUGGGAGGGUCCCAACGACUUCGAAUGGCCUCUGGAGAAUGAACCACCAAGCGACGGCCACCGAUGGCUUCGCGUCCAAGACGACAAGGCUUUGAACCGCACGCCCGUCGCAAAGUUAACCUACGAUUUCUGGGGUCCAACUUACGAGAGCUGGGCAAUCGCCGCGCAGCAGCACUACUCAUUGCUGGAAAACAUAGAGAAAAACACGCUUGACAGAUACAAAUUCUCGCCUGCGUGGAACAUGCGCGGAGAGCGGAUCAGAAUCAACGCACUCGCCAUAUUAGGCGACGAUGUGCUAGACACGGAUGUUUACCAUUGGCCUGACAAUCGGGGUGAUGAGGAUAUGAUUGCCCUGGAUUUACCUAAGCAGCUUAAUAGACAUAUUCUCAUCGAAGGCAAAGCCCUCGCUGCACAUUUCAACUUUAUGCAUCAGGGCGCUCUCACGAAGACCGAUCUACUCGAUAGAUAUUACUCAUACGCAUUAGAUAAAGUCUGCAAACGGCCAUUUAUACCUUCUCCAUGAUGUUAAUACCUCUGCACACCUUUUUCUUUUUCCUCUCUUUUUUUUUUUU